CAAACUGGACUGGGGCUCCCGGGAUGUGCAGGUACCGCCGCGGUGAGCAUAGUGCCUGAGGAAAGUCGCACUCUAGGCGCUGCGUGCCCCGAACUACUGGCGCCGGGGGAGCGGCUCGGCGCAAAGGUCACUGGUGAUCUCUAGGAGGAGCCCAUGGCUGGGCAGGCUUCGGUGCCACCCUGUCACCCUUAAUCUGGAGCAUCAGCAUUCGGGACACGCCACCCUAAACCUAACUUCUCAGCAUGGGCGACGAGCACGACCUCCCUCCCGGUGCGGUGGACGUCUUCGAUGAGCGUCUCUACUUCGCCAUCCUCUGCGGCAAACCAAAGACCACUCCAAGUACACAUUAUUUCUCCAUCGACGAAGAGCUCCUGUAUGAAAACUUCUAUGCUGACUUUGGGCCUCUUAAUCUGGCCAUGCUGUACAAAUACUGCUGCAAGCUAAAUAAAAAAAUGAAGUCCUUCUCUCUGACAAAGAAGAAAAUCAUCCAUUACACCAGCAGUGACCAGAAGAAACAAGCCAACGCUGCCUUUUUAAUAGGAAGUUAUGCUAUAAUCUACUUGAAAAGGCUCCCAGAAGAAAUGCACAAAAUUUUGCAGAUGGGAAACGUGACUUACCUUCCUUUCAGGGACGCCUCGUUUGGUACCUGUAGUUUCCAUCUAACACUACUGGACUGUUUCCAUGCUGUACACAAGGCUUUGCAGUAUGAAUUCUUUGAUUUUAGGACCUUUGAUCUGGAGGAAUACCAGCACUAUGAGAGAGCUGAAAAUGGAGAUUUCAACUGGAUAAUUCCACAGAAAUUUCUAGCUUUCAGUGGCCCCCAUCAGAAAAGUAAAAUGGAAAAUGGAUACCCUCAUCAUGCUCCAGAAGCAUACUUCCCGUACUUCAGAGAACACCACGUUUCUACAAUUGUGCGCCUGAAUAAAAAGAUGUACGAAGCAAAGCGGUUUACAGAUGCCGGUUUUGAACAUCAUGAUCUAUUCUUUAUUGAUGGAAGUACCCCAAGUGACCCCAUAGUGAAGAAGUUCCUGAACAUCUGUGAAAAUGCAGAAGGCGCCAUAGCUGUACAUUGCAAAGCUGGUCUGGGGAGAACGGGUACGCUGAUAGCUUGUUACAUGAUGAAGCAUUAUAGAAUGACUGCUGCAGAAACCAUUGCCUGGAGCCGAAUAUGUAGACCUGGUUCUGUGAUUGGACCUCAGCAACAAUUCCUGGUUGACAAGCAAAUGAGUCUCUGGAACGAAGGCGACAUUUAUCGCAAAAAGAGGAAAGAGCAGGAAAAUGGCAACAAAGUAGCGGUAACAUUUAUUCUGUCUGGGGUGGAUGACAUUUCACUUCAUGACGAUCUGGACAAAGCCUCUGGCAAAGAAGACAUUGAACUGUACAGUGAUGACGAUGAGUCCAUUAGCGUGACACAGGGGGAUAAACUACGUGUCUUGAAAAGUAAGAGACAGACGAGGACAUCAUCUGCAGCUCCACUGUCAGUAAUUCUGCAGUCCAGUUUGCAGAAUCCCAGGUCAGAUUUAUCUGAGAGUUCAUGCAAUACAAAAAGGACAACCAGGUCUUCUACAGGAGGCAGCACACUGAGAGGCGUGAUUCCUGAGCGGAAGAAAAGGAUUGCUUUGCACCAAAUGCGCUUAAUGAAAUUAUGCCACACAGUCCCGCGGACUCGGACGGUGUUGCGGUAAAUAAAUCGUCAUUGGCUGGAACAGAAGAUUGCCUUUUCAGAAGGAUAUAAAGAAAUAUGGAGAAGAAUAUGGACUUCUCGAAGAAAAUGAAACCACAAUCUGCCUUCCAAAAAAAAAGAAACCAGAUCUUAAAUUAUGUUCUUCCAUUUUGCCUCCUCAUCAUCCGGAGAAGGAAGAAACCAGAUUAGUGGUUUAAAACACUGUAAAUUAUACAUUUGGUACCCAUUUUCUGUGGCAGUCCCAUGCAUGCAGCAGAUGAUGUGGCAUGUACACCGUGAUGGCAAUCAUUUCAUGAGAACUGAGCACUUCCAGGUGCUGUAGGACAUCUCCGUAAGAAUUCGUGCAGCACAUUCCAUUGUCUUUUCAGCCAACCAAUGAUGAAUCUCCUUGUUUUAAAAGGAGACUUUCCAUAUCUGUUAUCUGUUUUGUGUGAAUGUGUGUAUAUCUGAUGUAUAACUCGCAAUACCAAAGGGUUUCUCAGAAUCGCUGUGGAAGACAGAAGAUGGCUGGGCCAGGUCUCCUUACAGGAAUUCCAAUUAACUGGAAACUUUUAGUUCAUGUACAGUUUGAAAUUCUGAGCUAGUCUUCAAAGAAUGAGGAUCUUUUUAAAGAGAGACAGAAGUUUUUAUUCUUCCAGACGGAUGUUUUUUUUGUUUUUUUUUCAGCCAGCUUUACCCUUUUAUGGGGAAAGUAAUGUCCAAAAUGAAGUUUCAAAGGUUUUUGAACUGCAAAUUGUAAAAUAUGUUAAUGUUUGGGUUUUUUUUUUUGGAUUUAUUUUUACAUUAUGACUUUUACUUCUGUGGCAUGAGUCUAAGACAACUAUGCUUCAGAUAUGUGAGCUUUUAGAAAGAAUUACACUGUAUGGAUUCCAGUGAGUGUUGUCCCUUUAUAUCUAAUCAGAAGGUCUGAACACAAUAACAUUUUGUUCAGUCUCGUACAACUUUCCAAACCUACACAAAUACAAAAUUCCGUCCCUGAGAACGCUAUCGUUAGAGGGGCAGUCCCUAUUAUUCAGAUGCAGUUUUGCAUCCAUAUUGCAGAGGCAACCUCAGGAUCUGGGUGUUAAACUAACAAUAUGGAUACAGUAAUGACCAUGUAGAACAGCUUUGUGAAACAGCCUACAGGCCCUUAUACACAUUAGUGUAUUGUCAGCCGAGAACGACAGGUUUGGCUGACAGUCUAAUGUGAGUGGGGAGCUCUCAACUGUUCCCCCGAUAAAUGAUGUUGGGUAGAGAAGUGAAUAUUUUUCACCCAAUCCUUUUUGUUCUCCCUGAAGGUAAACCAUUGCCAAAAGUAUCUGGCAGCAGGCUUCUCUCCCCAUUGAAUACACAUUCAGCCAAGCCAACUGUUUAUGGGGGAGCUGGGAGGAAUGGCCGAAUGAUCAUUCUGCCAAAAGCUAAUGAAUGUGUAUGGCCCACUUGUAUAUUGAUCCAUGUAUACAUCACCUGUACGUAGAAAUGAUGGUAUGUGUAGUUGUCUCUACAGUGCAAUUUGCUGCCGAUUUAGCGCCAGUCCUUAAAAUCUUGAUUCAGGGACCACAUUUUUACACUGUGUAGAUUGAGCAGUUCUUAAACAUUUGAGGGAAGAUUUUUACACUGGUCUCUGAAAUCUCCUGCACUGCCGGAGGGUACAACUAAUUUAUGAUGAGGCACAGGCUGUAGAUUUCUGUCUUAAUUUGCACCUGAACAUAGGUGCAAAUGGAGGACUCGCUGGCCGCGCCGACUUCCCACCCUCUCCACGUCCCCUUUUUCAGAAAGUGGCAAAGGGCUGCGCAGAAACGCCACUUGCAACAAAAUUUGUCACCAGCGGCAUUUAUAAAGUCGCAAACACAAAUUCUAUGCCAAAAAGGUAUAGGGAUUAGAGAAGUCUCACCCUCUGUGUUCGAAAAGAUAAGCACUAAGGCCUCAUGCACACGGCCGUGUUCCGCAGCCGAGAGCGGACCGUGGAAACCCGCCUGGGAUUCCUGCUGACAGCAUGAGUGCAUGGCAUCAUUGGUUGCUAUGACGCCGUGCACUUUAUGCAGCCGCUGCUGUACAGUAAUACACGGCCGUGUGCAUGAGGCCAAAGGGUGAGAUUUAUAAUCUUCCUGGCGCCUGAAAAGUUGCAAACGUGUCAUAAAUUAAGUGCAUCCGCCAGCAUAACAGGGGAUAUCCAGAGCGGUGCAGAAAGCGCUGGCCUUGCCCCUUGAUAAUAAAUCCAUAAAACUUCUUCUUUAAUACCAAGGGCUCUUUAACACGAGCGGAUGCCGUGCAGGUAAUCCGCUGCGGGAAAGACAGCCAAGCCCCACUCCGGACAGCAGAGACAUGACUGAUA